AUGUCGAAAGCAAAGCAUAUCGCUACGGCUGAAGAAGCAGAAAAGCUAAGCAAAUUUUACUACGUUCCGAACCUCUGGAUUAGUCACAAGACGAUCAAACUACUGCGGGAACAGAGCGGUCUAUCCAAGAAGAAAGUAACCCACUGGCUGUCUCGGCAGCUGCCCUGGCUCCAUAUUCGAGGGCCCAAGCGCAUUCAAUACCCUCAUUUCACAAUCACGAAACCGAACGAAAUGAACCAAUUUGACUUGCUGUAUAUGCCACACUACAAGCUGUAUGGAAACACGUACAAGUACAUACUCACGCGCAUUGAUAUAGCAUCGCGCUACAAGGUAGCUAGACCAUUGAGAACGAAAAAGGCUAGUGAGGUUGCUGAUAUGCUCAAGGACAUUUACAAGACCGGACCUUUACGAUACCCGAAGACCUUCCAGUGCGACAACAGCUCCGAGUUCAAGUCUGCCGUGAGCAAGCUGCUAGAAGGAAAAGGUAUCGAAUUAAAGCGCGCAACUACCAAGUACCACCAUACUUCCACGGCUUUCGUCGAUUCCUACAACAAAGUGCUCGCGGAGAGACUCUUCAAACCCCAAGAUGCUUAA